AUGGUGGACCCGGUGGGGUUCGCCGAGGCGUGGAAGGCGCAGUUCGCCGACUCGGAGCCGCCCAAGAUGGAGCUCAAGUCCGUGGGGGACAUCGAGCAGGAGCUGGAGCUGUGCAAGGCGUCCAUCCGGAGGCUGGAGAUGGAGGUCAACAAGGAGCGGUUCCGCAUGAUCUACCUGCAGACGCUCCUGGCCAAGGAGAAGAAGAGCUACGACAGGCAGCGAUGGGGCUUCAAACGCGCCUCGCAGGUGCCUGACGCGGGUGUGGAGCAGCAGAGCCCGGAGCUGCAGCCUCCGCAGCCCGCCGACCACGAGGAGCACGAGAAAAGCAAGUCGCAGCACGCGGAGGACAAGUUCAAGCCUAGGCUGCCCUCGCUGCGCAAGCUCUCCACGCAGAGCGACGGCUCGGACCUGUCGCCCCUGGACAGCCCCCAUCCCGGCGAGGGAGAGCCAGAGCGGUGCAGGCACUACGGCGAGGAGAGGCUGAGGAGGGUGGCCGAGGACGCAGAGAGUUGCUGCGACGCGGACGGGUCGCCUGCGAAGCACAAGGCGGCCGCCUCGCGCAGGCUGGCGGGCUCCGCUGAGAAGGACGGACCCUUCGAGCCGCCCUCCAAGGACAGAGGGAACGCCACGAGUGUGGCGGCCCUCAGGUCCAAUUUUGAGAGGAUUAAAAAGGUGAAUUCGCAUUCUGGGGACAGCAAGGACGUUGUGGAGAAGCCCUUUUACGUGAACAUGGAGUACCACCACGAGAAGGGGUUGGUGAAGGUCAACGAUAAGGACGUUUCUGAUAAAAUAAGCUCUCUUGGUAGCCAAGCCAUGCAAAUGGAACGCAAGAAGUCCUUGCACUCCCUCCCCUCUAGCAUGGGACCCAGCUUUAGUGAGUUCCAGAGGCCCGCGUACCGGGGAAGAGCCUCGGAGAGCACCUUUGGCUACGACGGAGAGUUUGAGGAUGCCGAACUCAACCCCAGGUUUCUCAAAGAUAAUCUGAUUAACGCCAACGGCAGCAACCGUCCGCCUUGGCAGCCCCUGGACUUCCAGCCCUAUCAAAGCAUCUACGUGGGCGGCAUGAUGGGGGAUGGAGAAGGCAAAGGACCUAUCCUGCGGAAUCAGAGCACGACGGAUCAGGAAAAGCACCUCACUUGGCCUAGGAGAUCCUAUUCCCCCCGGAGUUUCGAAGACAUCGGGGGAGGAUAUACACCAGAUUGCAGCUCCAACGAGAACCUUACAUCCAGCGAGGAAGACUUCUCCUCGGGCCAGUCGAGCCAUGUGUCCCCCAGCCCCACCACGUACCGCAUGUACCGGGAUAAGAGCCGGUCCCCCUCGCAGAACUCGCAGCAAUCCUUCGACAGCAGCAGCCCACCCACCCCACAGUCUCAGAAGCGGCACCGGCAGCAGCCGCAAGUCGUCGUGUCGGAGGCUACUAUUGUGGGAGUCCGAAAAACAGGACAGAUCUGGCCCAACGAUGGGGACCUGCCCUCUGGGAGGUGUCACCAGGACAGCUGUUUCCACGGGGAUACAGAUGCUCCGUUCGGCGCCACGCCGCCGGGCUACGCGUUCGACGCGGACCGCGCCGAAGAGCAGCGGCGCCACCAUGACAUGAUGCCCUUCAUCGACGACUCGCCCUCCUCCUCGCCCCACCUCAGCUCCAAGAGCCGCGGCAGCCGCGACACCCUCUCCUCGGGCUCCCUGGAGUCCACCAAAUCGAGUGAACCGGACUUGGAGAAGGGCUUGGAGAUGAGGAAAUGGGUCCUGUCGGGAAUCCUGGCCAGCGAGGAGACCUACCUGAGCCACCUGGAAGCUCUGCUGCUGCCCAUGAAGCCUCUGAAAGCAGCUGCCACCACCUCCCAGCCGGUGCUGACAAGCCAGCAGAUCGAGACCAUCUUCUUCAAAGUGCCUGAGCUCUACGAGAUCCACAAGGAGUUCUACGAUGGGCUCUUUCCGCGAGUGCAGCAGUGGAGCCACCAGCAGCGCGUCGGGGACCUCUUCCAGAAGCUGGCCAGCCAGCUGGGAGUGUACCGGGCCUUCGUGGAUAACUACGAGGUGGCCAUGGAGACGGCCGAGAAGUGCUGCCAGGCCAACGCGCAGUUUGCUGAAAUCUCGGAGAAUCUGAAGGCUAGAAGCACGAAGGACUCAAAGGAUCAGACGACGAAAAAUUCCUUGGAAACCCUGUUGUACAAGCCGGUGGACCGAGUGACACGCAGCACGCUCGUCCUGCACGAUUUGCUGAAGCACACACCGGCCACGCACCCCGACCACCCGCUGCUGCAGGACGCCCUGCGCAUCUCGCAGAACUUCCUCUCCAGCAUCAACGAGGAGAUCACGCCGCGGCGGCAGUCCAUGACGGUGAAGAAGGGCGAGCACCGGCAGCUCCUGAAGGACAGCUUCAUGGUGGAGCUGGUGGAGGGGGCUCGCAAGCUGCGGCACGUCUUUCUCUUCACUGAUCUCUUCCUGUGUGCCAAGCUCAAGAAGCAGAUUGGAGGGAAAAGCCAGCAGUACGACUGCAAAUGGUACAUCCCGCUCACUGACCUUAGCUUCCAGAUGGUGGAUGAGUGUGAGGCAGUGCCCAAUAUCCCGCUGGUACCGGAUGAGGAGCUGGAUGCCAUGAAGAUCAAGAUAUCCCAGAUCAAGAAUGACAUCCAACGAGAAAAGAGGGCCAAUAAGGGCAGCAAGGUCAUUGAGAGGUUGAAAAAGAAGCUCUCGGAGCAGGAAUCGCUCCUGCUGCUGAUGUCUCCCAACAUGGCUUUCCGGGUGCACAAUCGCAACGGCAAGAGUUACACAUUCCUCAUUUCAUCGGACUACGAAAGGGCAGAGUGGAGGGAGAACAUCCGGGAACAGCAGAAGAAGUGUUUUAAAAGCUUCUCGCUCACCUCAGUGGAGCUCCAGAUGCUGACAAACUCCUGCGUGAAGCUGCAGACAGUCCACAACAUUCCCCUCACUAUCAACAAGGAAGAUGAUGAAUCGCCGGGUCUCUAUGGGUUCCUCAACGUCAUCGUCCAUUCUGCCACGGGAUUCAAGCAGAGCUCGAACUUGUACUGCACGUUAGAGGUGGAUUCUUUUGGGUAUUUCGUGAACAAAGCUAAAACUAGAGUCUACAGGGACACCACAGAGCCCAACUGGAAUGAGGAGUUUGAGAUUGAGCUGGAAGGCUCCCAGACUCUGCGGAUUCUGUGCUACGAGAAGUGCUACAACAAAACCAAGCUCACCAAAGAGGAUGGGGAAAGCACGGACCGCAUAAUGGGGAAAGGCCAGAUCCAGCUGGACCCGCAGGCAUUACAGGACAAAGACUGGCAGCGCACGGUCAUCUCAAUGAACGGAGUUGAAGUGAAGCUGUCGGUGAAGUUUACCAGCCGGGAAUUCAGCCUGAAAAGGAUGCCAUCCCGCAAGCAGACAGGGGUCUUUGGCGUCAAGAUUGCUAUCGUCACCAAGAGAGAGAGAUCAAAGGUGCCCUACAUCGUGCGCCAGUGCGUGGAGGAGAUAGAGCGGCGGGGCAUGGAGGAGGUGGGCAUCUACCGCGUCUCCGGCGUCGCCACCGACAUCCAGGCCCUGAAAGCUGCCUUUGAUGUCAAUAACAAAGAUGUGUCAGUGAUGAUGAGUGAGAUGGACGUUAAUGCCAUUGCAGGCACAUUAAAACUCUACUUCCGAGAACUGCCCGAACCUCUCUUCACAGAUGAAUUGUACCCCAACUUUGCUGAGGGAAUUGCACUUUCAGACCCUGUCGCAAAGGAAAGCUGUAUGUUGAAUCUAUUGUUAUCGCUUCCAGAACCGAACCUUGUUACAUUCCUUUUCCUUCUGGACCAUUUAAAAAGGGUGGCCGAGAGGGAAAGCAUUAACAAGAUGUCCCUGCAUAACCUUGCAACUGUCUUUGGACCGACGCUGCUCAGACCUUCCGAGAAGGACAGUAAAAUCCCUGCCAACCCCACCCAGCCUAUCACAAUGACCGACAGUUGGUCACUAGAAGUCAUGUCCCAGGUUCAAGUCCUUCUGUACUUCUUGCAGCUAGAGACUAUCCCUACCCCCGAUAGCAAGAGGCAAAGCAUCCUCUUCUCCACAGAAGUAUAGGUACCUGUGACACCGACGGGACUCGAGAAACUGCUCUUGGCACGAAGGGCCACCCUUGAGGAGAGAGGGCCGCUGUUUCUUCAGACAUUGCUGGCCUGGUCCCACCCUGGGGAAAUACGGCCCUCAGUGCUUCUGCUGUUUGCAAACCAGAGACAAGCUGAAGAAAAAGGAGAAAAAUCUCCCUACUUUUGAUCGGUGGAAUCGGAAAAAAAGCAGAGCUGGAGAUGGAGCUGUGCAGGAUCUCCACAAGAAGGCGCAACGGACACUUGAACAAAUGCACCACAGAGCGUGGCGGUUGUUGGGAAUGUGACUGAAGGUAUUCCUCCUUUUAUGGAUUUAAUUUAUCAUAAAGAAACGUCAAGAUUUCUACUGGACCACUUGAUAGGAUACCCUUUUUUGGGGUGAGGGGAGAUAAAGGAUAUAUCACAACUGUGUCUUUAAUAACUGUUGUUUUUAAAGUACUGUUCUAGGUCACAAAACAUAGUAUUGCUUUGUCAAGAGGCGAGGAGAAGAGAAGGGUCUGGGAUCUGAGAUUCCCUCCUCAGAAAUUCAAGUCUUGAUUUGAACAGGGCUCUAAAGAACCGAAAGGAAGUUUUGUGUACAACUGCAAGUGUUGUUUUUUAAAAUUUGUUUUGUUUUUCUGGUCUCACCCACCCCUUCCCUUGCAAAUCUCUACAGACUCCGGGGAAGGAGAUGCCCUGCUCUUGCCUCUCCUGCGCUUCUCCCAGUUUUUGGCAUUAAGGGAGCCGGACCCAACCAUAUGACACUGUAAAUACAUACAGGAAAUCAAAGAGUGGCAGGAAGGAUUAGACUCAGUGCUUUAUGAUUCUGUUGCUGCUUGUGUAUAAAAGCAGGGGCAACAUUAUCCAGAGAGUAUUGCUAAAUUCCUAAUGUCCUGCCAAGCUUAAUGAAAAUUAAUUUAGGAGGCUUUUAUUCUCCCAGCUCUCCAAAGAAAAAACUGUUGGCAUUCCAGAAUAGUUGAAGCUUUUGAAGACACACACACACACAUGGCUCUCUGUUUUUCUGCCUACUCACUCCAACCUUUUAUCAGAAUAGCUCUUUUGAUACUUGAAUUUUUGGAGGCUUUGUACAUUGCUUCUCUGAGUCUUUUUCUGAUAGAUACAAAUACUUUGAUAAGAUGUGUCAGAAUGUACUUUAUGGACAAUCUAGGAAGUAGCAUGCAUGUGUAUUCUCCAGAAAUUCCAACCGUGUUUUAAUUAAGAGCAGUGAAGAAAAUUCUAUGAAACUCCAGACAGCAGUACAAAAGCUCUAGCCAAAUAACCAAAUUCACGUUUUCCUGCCUAGCACGGUUAAAGCCACUGGGGUUACCUGGGCGUAAAGGGCAGCAGUAAUGUUUGCCUGUGGAACUGAAAACAUCAUCUAAUUGCUGGUGCCCAGAGCAGAGGAAACUCUUCUGGUCAAGAAGCAGUUGUGCCAAAAGUCUUUGGGGCUGUGGGGAUGUUCCCAUUUCAUAAAUGACUCCAUCC